AUGGAUAUACGAGGAUGGACAGCGCCGGCUAUCCGGCUUGUUCGACAUAUCAAGCCCAUCUUGCAUUCGAAGCACCUGGAAACCAUCAGAUCCAAUACGAAUCACUACAUCCAACUUAUCAUCAUAAAGAGCGCCGUUGCAGCUGCUGCCAUUGCCGUCCUCGCCGGACUAGCACAGGGUGCUGCCCUUGAGUCGCCUCUCGAGAAGCGUUGCACCGCUGUACAAAAUGUCAAUACACAUUCUACGGCUGUAAGAAGACAAGAAUUUCCUGGAACAUCAACAGUGCUAAUUUUAGUGUUCAACGGACCCAGACAACGACCCACCCAGCGCCGGGAUCGCUUACGAUUGUGGUCGUGGUUACACUGAGUGUGGUUCCGCCACUUACGGUGACCCGCGCACCGUGGCUACUGCGCCUGGCGAGUUCGAGAAGUGCGAGAGCGUCUGGGACCCAUACACCGAGAAGUACCUCCGCUUCGAGCAUAUCUACGCCCAGUGCAUUCAAGACUGGAAGAACGGCCAGUAG